UUCUUUCGCAUCUACCGCGGACACGGAGUCACAAGUUCUGUUCUAACAGCGUCUGUCUGGUGAAAUCGUCAUGAAGUUGUACGCGUUUGUGCUACUGUCCGCCAUGGCUCUGGCCCGCGGACAGACCAUGGACAAUUGCCUGGAGAAGGACAGCAUCUCCUGCGUGCAGAAGAACCUGUACAGGAGGGCCAAGGAGUUCUUCGACAAGGACAGCUUCGAGAUCUUCAGUGGUGUUAGCCUGGUGAAGAGCGCGGACGCUCAGACGAGAGGAUCCAGGACUGGCAAGGAAUUGAUCUACGACCAGGAGAUCGACGCGGCUAACAGUGUCUCGGACAGGCAGGACGCCCUUGUGAAUUUCGUGAGCGAGGGUGCCGGCGAGUUCCUCACUGGACGCAGUCUCAGGAUUAACUUCACUCCUAUCAUCGAAAAGAUAGGAACCACUGCACGUGCCUUUAGUGACUCCGCGCCUGAAGAGGUCCGAGAGGCUGUAGACUUAGUCGUCGAAGGUCGAGGCAAGAAGAAGCAGCUGAAGCAGCUCCUGCCCCUCUUGCUCGCGGCGAAAGCGAAAAUUGGAGCCCUGGCCACCUUGGCAUACUUCGUCACAGGCUUCAUCGCCAAAAAGGCCAUCUUCGUAUCCCUUAUUUCACUGGCCAUCUCCGCUUUCAUUGGCUUGAAGGCUCUCUGGGCUAAGGGAGGCCACCACGACGUCACCCCUUACCACGGGUGGAGCAGCGGCCCAGCUUCCGGGGGAUGGUCAGCCCCAGUUUCAUCGGGUGGUUGGUCUUCGGGUGGAUCGUCAUGGGACGACGGUCACGGAUACGCACAGAGCCAAGCCUACUCUGGCUACCAUCACUAAUUCCCUACGAAAUUGACUCUUCCUUCGUUUCAUCCUUCCCUUUUCACCCUUUCCCUGCCCUUCCACUUGUCUCUUCCUCCUCUCGUCGAUCCACAGGACACGGGCAAAAUUAUCUAGGUAAAAGUUUCG